AAGAUACCGGAUAGACAGCUAAACAAAAAAAAAAAAAAAAAAAAAAUUAACAUUUUGAAAGCCAAAUUACGAAACACACACAGAGCAGAGGAGUCUUUCGGUCUAAGCAUAAAUUAAUUGUUCUCGUUGGUGCAUUAACCACAUUAUACAUUAUUGACAUUUGCCGAAGGCAACGAAGGAAUGCAGACGAAAAUCUGGGACUCGCCGCAGGUGGGUGGUUCCGGUGGUGCCCUCAAGGCCUUGACCCGCAAUGUGGCCAACCACCUGAAGCUUAACCGGACCAGCAUGAAGCGCGUGGUGGCCCAGGUGGUGGCGGAACAUCAUACCCUCGGCGAGGUGGCCGACUACAAGGGCCACAUGUACUUUGCCAAGCCGGAUCGCUUGAAUUUCAAUGAGCUGAUUACCCAGUCGAAGGAGGCCUUCGAUGAUUUCCUCCUCCACGAACCGCGUUCAUCCCGCAAGCGAACAUUCAAGCCACGAGCCACCAAGAUCCGCAUGCAGAAGAAGGUCUCACCACCGCAAAUGACAACCCCACCGAAGAAAGGUACGCUUGCCAAGAGGUCUGCUCCUCCGAUGCGAAAAGGUUCGCGCCGUAGGAAAAGCUCCACCACAAUUUUCCAACUGGCAGCUAAUGCAGGACGUCGCAGUCUAAACGGCGUCAUCAUCGACGACACGCACUUGAAGCCCGAUGAGAAACGUCGCGAGAUCCUGUUGCACGUUCCACCGGUGGCGUUAAAGCGUUCCCGCAGGCGUCUCCAUCGAGCUGCCGCUGGGAAGGGCGGUAAACUGCAGCAGCAGCAGCAGCAGCAGCAGCAACAGCAGCCCAAGCAGGAACCGGCUGCCAAGAAGGUGAUUCCCAACCAGAAAAAGAACCCGCAGGAGGAGAAUGUCGCGCAGGUGAAGAAGCAACAGAUGCCACCGAAGAUGCAGAAACAAAAGCAAGUGCAGAAGAACGCCCAGAAUCCAAAGCAAAAUGAUCACUCCAACAAUUGCUCAACCAAUCGUUUACCUAAUCCCUCCCCAUUGAGGUCACCAACCUCUGGAUUGGGGUCACCAACGGGCAAACCAGCCCCUCGCGCCAUAUCAGCAGCUCGUUCCGUGGCCUCAAUUCAAAGAAGGCAGUCUGCGCAAACCAUUGGAUCUGAAAGGCAGAUUGCCUUCGGUACCCUCUUCUAUCGCAGUUCAAGGACCAAGGUCAGGCGCAAGCCUAAAACGCUCCAGAAGGAACAACCUGUGGUGCAUAGGAACUACGAUAAACCCUGGCUGGUGGGGCGUUCCAAAAGGAGACUGGUUGGAGGAUAUCAAAUAAAAAAAAAGAUCUUGCCUGCUGCAAAGCCGCAGAGUCUGGAUGAAAAAGAAUUGGAUUUGGAGGAAAAGAUGCCCGGAAGCGGAGGGCAGUCGAACUCAGUCCAUUUGAAGAGCCGCAAGAGGACCACACACGUGAUGCGUCAAAUGCGCAAUGUGAACUUACCCUGGUAUACGCCGUAUCAAUUCCAAGGCGGUGCCGGAGCCACCCAGACACCAAGUCCGGAUGUGGGCAUACCACCCCAUCGCCUGCUGAAGGCAAAGACCCACAAGCUCCUGCGCCGACUGACGGCUGUUCAGCCGCAACUGCAGCAGCAGCCACUUGCGAUGACCCAAAUGCGACGUGGUUCGAAUUUCACCAAACGCCAGCGACACGAUCGCAGCGAGCAGGAGCGUUUGAUGAGGGAACUGCAACGCGAGGAGGCCAUCGACGACCCGUUGUCCCAUGGAUCGGGCCUAUUUCGAGGUGCCCGCCGGCAGAUGUCCAAGAAGCAACAGCAGGAUCACCGUUCUGUGGAGCGCGUGAGCUCGCGGACAAAGCGUUUGUCCAACGACAGGCGCCAACGACGCCAGCCCAUGGCCACCAGCGAGCGGAUUGUGAACCCGCCGCCGACGCAGACGCCGACGCCGCCGCCGCCGCCGCCGAAGCAAAGUCCUCCAAAUUCGAGUGGCCAAGUCGCCCAGCCGAGGCGAAGGAACCGCUCCAUACCCGUGGACAGCAGCCUGGGCAGCAUUGCCCUGUUGGGUUUGCCGCCAUCGCCAUCGAACGACCAACGGACUCCCGCCAAGUGCCAUCUCACCAUUGCCUUCAGGAGCAAGGGAUCGAAGCGUGCCAAGCCAAUCAAUCAGCCCUGGAAAUAGGACAUCUGUGCUCCUCGAUUUUGAUCAGUCAUUUUUUGGCUGUCACUUUUCCAACGCUGAUGGACGCUGGUUACCCAUCUAUCCGGUUUGCUUUUUCGUUAAAUCUAAAUAAAUGAACAAGUUGGCAUUCCCAAUUGGAUGGCAAAGUUUCCAC